GCCAAGGAUAUUCGUAUCGGCUUCGUCAAUGGCAUGCCAGCAGAUCCCGCUUUGCCCUAUCCCCACCUUCACGCGCACGCCUUCCUCGGUCCCUUCGACCGCAAGCUGCCUGGCAGCACGAUGUGGCGUCGCACUGUCGUGUUCAACUCGUUCAAUUGGUGGAGCGCAGAGGAUCUGCGUGCAGAGAUUCGAGAGGAGUCGUCAAACUGCCGCGUCAAAUCUGGGUAUGAGCAUCGGUGGGACUCGCCCAUCGACAAGGUUCCGGACGCGGGCGCAAUUGCGGGACUUCCAAACGCGCUUGAGCCCGACGCGUACGUUGACUCA